CUCCUCCUUCUCUUCCUCCAUUUUGUCACUUUGAUUCUUUUUACUGUUGCUGUAAAACACACCUUAUCCCAUAAGCCUUGCUCCUCAGGCAACACGAACUCUUGCCAAGCGAAAUGGGUUCCGCAUCGAGUUUCGCGAAGACGAUGAUCAUCCCGGCAGUGAUUUCCCUGACACUUUAUCUUCUUCUGUCCUUUGUGAUCGUCCCUUUCUUCCGAAGAUAUCAUCAACGAUACUCCCAGUAUCUGCCACUUCACACGAUCUCCGCGCACACGUUAACCCUCCGAGACCGCAUCGCCGAUGCCAUCAUGCGCCGUUUUCUGCCUUCAUCAUGGCAACAGCAGCAGUUAGCCGACCAGAAUGAUAACAUCAGUAUAUAUGAUGAAGAGGGCGAGAUCAUGGUGGGGAUGGAUAUGGAUAUCGAGCGAAGAGGGGCCCUCGAACGGCAACGCAACUCUGUUGUCGAUUCGGGAAGACGGCUCAGUCGGGAGCUCGAGGCCGGGUUCAUGGAUGACAGCGAUGAGGAGGAAGAGGAGCAUCGGUCGCAGUCCCAGGCCCACCGCUAGUUCCCCUGUCCCAUGCCAUUGUAACUAUACAUGCACAUAUAUCAUAUACUAUUGCCUACACCAAACUUACCACUUCAUUUAUCAUCGCAGAAUCAUUGCAGAUCUACGUUCUUCCCCAAGAUACGUGGCAAACUGUGCUGCUUUACCUGGGGCGCUCACAUUCAUGGAGCCAGGCUCAGCAUGCUUGGUCUUGUAUCUUCUGGGUCGGCGAAUCACUUCGGAGCGAAUAAUCCUCUAGAGAAGUGGGUGAGUGACGAAGUUUUGUGCGGUGGGCAGAUUGGCUGGGUUUCUUCAGGAGCACCAAAGCG